AUGAGCCGGGUGCCAGGCGCCCUUGGACAUCGCCUCGGGAGAGGUCCUCGCUCGGAGUCCCGCUGGAGGGGCGAGAAAUUCAGAUACUACAACUUACCACCACCAACCCUUGCCACCCCGAAAUCCGAUGCGGUCCCUGGCGGUUCUCGUAUACACUGGCGCACAACUUCGCGUCUCCUCAAAGGAGGCGAGAGAGACCGAGGUGGUGCUACCCAGGUCCUUCCCUCCCGCCCUCCGAGAAUCGCGGUCCUGCCCGGCCCCUGGUUGUACAGAACGAGGGCCGGAGGCGCACCGGCAGGAGGCGGGUACCAGGUCCGCGCGCGCACAACCGCACUCAUACCCCGCACAGCCGACAAGCCCCGGGCGCCGCGCGCCGCCCAAGCUGGCUCGGCACAGCCCGGCUUUCGCCGGUCGCCUGGGCCUCGGCCGCCGGCCGCCAACGGGAGCGCAUUGGAGCCCGGCCGCCAGCCACUUGCCCGGCUCGCCUGGCCCCGACGGACCCUUAAGGAAAAAAGCCCCAGCACCCAGCGUCCCGCGUCCGCACCCCAAGAGUCCACAGGGGGCGGGAGGAAGGCCCGGGGCCGGAGAGCGCCCGGGUCUGGCUCCAAACUUACCGGGCGCUGCGAGCGCCGCUGCCGCCGCUGGAGGACGCACAGCCGCAGCCGCCGCAGCCGCUGCCGGGCAGGGCCGGCUCCAACCGGGAGGAGCGCUGUGAGGGCGCCGAGAUUGGCUCCGUUUAGCUCCUGCUCCGCGCGGACCGGGGCUGGGGUCACCGCGCUGCGCCGGCGCUGCUCGCUUGCUCUGUCUCCCGAUCGCUGUUCGCCCGCCCGCCGCCCGGCCGCCUGCCGCCGCUCGCUUUUUUUAUGUCCACAGACAGUGAAAAGGAACUCGGCGUUAGGGGCCCGCCGCAGUGUCGGAGGCGAGGCGAGGAAGGGAGCUGGAAUAACAAAGGAUACUUGCUGCUGGAGCCCAGCCACCAUGCUGUGAGGAAGUCCAAGCAGCCUGACAAGGGCCCAUAUGGAAGUCUGUGAGGAGAGGAACCGAAGCCUCCAGCCCUCGGCGGCACCAACUUGCCAGCCAUGGGAGGGAGCUACUUGGAAGCGGAUCCUCCAGCCUUCGGGUGAACUGCUCUCCUGAUGCUGCAUGGAGUAGAAAUGAGCAUUCCCUCCUGGUCCUUGCCGUAAAUGCAGAUUUGUGAGCAAGAUAAAUAGCCACUGCUGAUUAGA